GGACGCCCGGGGCUGCCGGCGGCUCGCGGCCGCGGCGGUCGCGGGACGCGCGCGUCCCCUCGCCGCCCCCCUCACCCUUUCAGAGGAGUCAAAUCCGGCUUUUAGAGCUUGGGGAGGGUGGGGAUAUCCGGUGCCUCCCGGGCGCCAGGAGGAAGGGGGAGGGCGAAGAGGAUCCUUGGCCAGUCUGCGCCGAGCAGAUUCAAACCAAAACAAAAAGAUUAAAGGAGCAGCGGCCGGGGCGGCAGCGGUUCUGGGCCGGGACCCCGGGAGUGGUGCGCCCGGGAACCAAGGGGGCUGCGCGGACUCCCGGAGCUGUGCGCGGCGGGGCGGGAGGGGGGAGCGGGAGCCAGGCGUAGUGGGGAAGGGGGGGAGACGAGGGGAGGGCGCAGGCCGGAGGAGGGGCGGACCCGCCCGCUCCGCCCGCCCGCGCAGAGCUGAGCCGAGCCGAUCGGCCCGGGCUGGGCGCGACCCCGGCCAGCGGCGGCGCAGAAAGCGGGCGGAGGCGCGGGCUAUGCUGCGGCUAGUGCCCGCCGGGGCCCGAGCCAUCGUGGACAUGUCGUACGUCCGCCACUUCCUGGACUUCCAGGGCUCCUCCAUCCCCCGCGCUAUGCAGAAGCUGGUGGUGACCCGGCUGAGCCCCAACUUCCGCGAGGCCGUCACCCUGCGCCGGGACUGCCCCGUGCCACUCCCCGGGGACGGAGACCUCCUCGUCCGGAACCGAUUUGUUGGUGUUAAUGCAUCUGACAUCAACUAUUCAGCUGGCCGAUACGACCCUUCAGUAAAGACCCCCUUCGAUGUAGGUUUCGAAGGUGUGGGAGAGGUGGUGGCCUUAGGCCUGUCUGCUAGUGCCAGAUACACAGUUGGCCAAGCUGUGGCUUACAUGGCACCCGGCUCCUUUGCUGAGUACACCGUGGUGCCUGCCAGCAUUGCAACUCCAGUGCCCUCUGUGAAACCUGAGUAUCUCGCCCUGCUGGUAAGUGGUGCCACUGCAUACAUCAGCCUGAAAGAGCUCGGAGCAUUGUCGGAAGGGAAAAAAGUUUUGGUGACAGCCGCAGCUGGGGGGACGGGCCAGUUUGCCGUGCAGCUUGCAAAGAAGGCCAAGUGCCAUGUAAUUGGAACCUGCUCUUCUGAUGAAAAGUGUGCUUUUCUGAAAUCUAUUGGCUGUAAUCGUCCUAUCAACUAUAACACCGAGCACGUCGGUACUGUCCUGAAGCGGGAGUACCCCAAGGGUGUCGAUGUGGUGUACGAAUCCGUUGGGGGAGCCAUGUUUGACUUGGCGGUAGACGCCUUGGCUAUCAAAGGGCGCUUGAUAGUAAUUGGGUUUAUCUCUGGCUACCAAACUCCUACUGGCCUAUCACCUGUGAAAGCAGGAGCGUUACCAGCCAAACUGCUCAGGAAAUCCGCCAGCCUCCAGGGCUUCUUCCUCAACCAUCACCUUCCUGAGUAUGGAGCAGCCAUGGACCACUUGCUUCAGCUGUGUGGAAGUGGGGACCUGGUUUGUGAGGUGGACCUUGGCCAUCUGUCUGCAGAGGGCAGGUUCACUGGCCUGGUGUCGGUAUUCCGGGCUGUUGAUUAUAUGUACAUGGGGAAAAACACUGGAAAAAUUGUAGUUGAAUUACCUCACUCUGUCAACAGUAAGCUGUAAAAGCAGGACAAUGACACAAAUCAAAGGAGAAAGAAAAUGGGCACUUUAUGCCUCAGAAUUACUCAAGUCAACUUAUUUUUAGUUGGUAAUGGAGCUAUUUCUUAAAACAAGAGGAAGGUGUUAAUAGGUUUCUCUUUCUCUUUUCUUUUCUUUUUUUUUUUUCCUGCCCCUCCCUUGAAAAAAGAAUGUCCUAAUAAAACUUCCUUCAAUGGCUCAGAGGUAAAACUUUUACAUUCAAGUCUUCAGUCAUGGACAGACUCAUUCCAGAUUUUAUUGUUCCAGCGAACUAAAUUAACUCCUGAUGUGAGAUCUGAGCAAAUCAGUAUGUCUUCAGCUUGAUGAGAUUUUAAAAUCAGUCUUGAAAAUGGUUCACAAAUUCUUUGCUUUGGGAAAGUUUGCUCUUGUGCUAAUAAGUAGUUAAUAGAUGAGAGGGAUUGCAAAAGUCAGACGUAUUUCAGAGUCCAUAUUCUCAGGAAGUGGCCUUUUUUUCCCUAUAAAUCAUUAGCCAACUAGCUAAAUAGAAAUUUGGAGGAAUUCUCCCAAAACUUUGAUUUUGUUAAAUUCUUUUAAAAAAUGAUUAAGUAAACACAGACUUAUUUUAAAGAAGUAUCUCUUAUUUAGUGGCUUUUGGGCACAAUCCUCCUGGUGAGGCGUAUGGAAUGGAGAAUUUCUCUCUUCCCUUCAGAAGCAAAUUAGUAUUGAAAACGUAUAGACAAAAAGCAGGUUUUAGAAAGAGAAAUUACAGAGAUUCAGGGGACUUUAAAAACUUCAUACCUGCACAGGAAAGGGAAAAGUAUGUGCUCCAGCCACAGCGGGAGUCUCCGUAAUGCAACUGUGCCAUGCGUGUAAAAACACACUGCAGGCAUCCCGCCAGAGAGCCGCGCCAGCCGGAAGUGGGCUAUGUCACACAGCGCCGUUUUCAGAAGGGGCCUGGGUGAUCUUCAGUAACAAUGCAGUUGCUUCAUGUUGUAGACGUGCGGACGUGGAAGGUGUGUUUUCUCUCCGACCAUGGAAGCAGACUAGCGGCCACUGGUCUUCUGUCCCCAUUUUACUUCUCUCCGUGCUCUGGUGGAACGAGAUGCUUCUUGUCACUCUCCCCCCGUGUCACACACACGCGAGUAACGAGUCAUGCGCCUUCUCUUCUGAAUCAUGCCCCGAGCUGCUCCGCCUGCCUCCUAACCUUCAGCUCACCAAAGACUCCUCCAGCUUUCAUGGUUGAGUUGGAAAUCCCAGAGUGCCUUUCUAAUGGAAGGCAAAACCCACCAGAUUAUUUUUCAAAGCCUUGGGUUUCAGUGUUUCGAACAUGCUACACAAAUAGGAACACAAUUAAAGACGCCCCAGGAAACUUGGUGACCAUAUUUAGUUUUUCUUUCCUUCCAUCUGAGGAGCAAGGAAAUCCUACUGCUGAAUAGCUGUUAGUAUCUAUUUUACAAGAUUUACUCAUUUUCAGGUACCUAAUGUAGCUGCUAGCAUGCAUGCACAACAAUACAAUUUAUAUGGUAAAUGGGACCAAAUAAUGGCUUCACUGAAUGUUAUGGCUGCACUGAAGGCAAAUGUCACGGUAAAUAGCUGCCAAAUUAUGGAUCAUGCCGAAGUGUCACAACUGCACUAAAGACAAAUAGCACUGGAGGCUAUUGCCACUGUGACGCUUUUGAGUUAUGAAGAAGAGUAGCAGCCUGAUGCGAGGCUCUUUGUGUCCUCGUUAUAGCAAAGGGUUACCAGUGCAGGGACAAGGGAAGCUGGUCCAGUGAGGGGCUCGGUUAUUAAUCUGUCCCUUUCAGACCUCACAGCUGUAGGAAAACGGAAAGGGACUUUGCCUGGCUUUCAGAUACACAAACAAAGGGGAGGGGACAGGUGUUAUGAAUGUAACUGCACGGGAAAUGCCUGGUCAGGGAGAAACAUUGUAAUCAGCUCAUCAAAGAAUAUUAUUAAAUUUAACAUAGUGUAUGUUUGAUAGGCUUAGCUGCUGCUUAUGCAGAGAGACGUGUGAAACCUCAGCAAUGAUGCACUUUCCCCCUUUGUCAAGACUUGAGGAGUAAGGACGUUGCCAACCAAAUUGCUUCUUCUAAACUGAAGCCCGUCCCGGUUUCUUUCACUUUAAUGGGUGGGUAAUAAAGAUGAAAGACCAACAUUUUAACUGAUGGAUCCCUUAAGCUACAGAAUAGAAAUUUAUUAUGUUUUGAAGGAAUAUACUAAAUUCAGCUAUGUAAAAAAAAAAAUUUCAAAUACCCAGGUUUAAAAUAAAAUAUAAUCUGAAAACCUCAUGCUCUCUCUUUCCCCAAACUGAGGAACUACAGUGCAUACUGUUUUCAUUUAUUCUUAGAAAACACGCAUGAAAGAUUCCGCCCAUUCAGAUAAUGCCAAAAAUAUGUUUAAACUUUUUUUUUGUUCUUCUGAAAAAUGAUUUGUAAAUUGAGGGUCAUAGUUCAGCAUCAGUUUCAUCUUCUGGGAUUAUCGUUCAAGACCAGCCGCUAAUGGGAGGUGAAAUGGUGCGAUGCUCUCAACACCUUUCUUCUGAACUGCAUUACAUAUCACAAAAAGCACAUCCAUAAUUCAGGGCAAUUGUCAGUCUUUGUUUUAGAGAUGGGGCCGGGGCUGGAUGAUCACGGGGGAUGAGUUAUUUCUUGGUUCUCAGGGUGGCCUUUUCUGCACAGCAGCCUUGAGGCCCCUGGCUGGGCAGAUGGAGGGGCUUGACUCUGGUAGGCGAACCGAGAAAUGCAGGGUCCCAGCUAUUCCUUACCAUUCCGUUAUGACUUCUAAAGAGCCAAAUGCUGUUCCUUCAAAUUUGUUUUGCAUACAAAAAAUACCAACAAUGCCAUUUCGGGUCCCUUUGACAAUGACUUCUGCUAUUGGCCCAAUUCAGCAUUAAAAAAAAGAAAUUCAGGGAAUAGUUUGCAAAGAGAGAACGCAGAAGUUUUGCACAAUACAUUCUAUAAAUUGUUCUUAUAUGAUUUCAUCUGAAUGGAGUUCUCAGGGGUAGGACGGAGCCUCUAUAAAUGGUCAUUAGUAUUACAUUCAGUAUUUAUCUAAUGAAAGUGCAGUGACAAGUGGCUGCUUCUUAUUAAAAUGAAAAUCCUGCAUUAUGUACUUAAGGAACAUUCCAGCUAAUGAGGAUGUAAUGUCCUCGGUACAACACAGACCUUCUUUUUGUGUUCACCACCACAAGAUGCUGGAAACUUGACAAAUGAUAUCAUUUCAGACACAUGCCUGCCGUAGGGACCUGCUUUUUGGCUUCCUGUUUCUGGCUUUUAUUUGGGUAACAUUUAUAACGGCCACCCGACUUGUAAUGGUAACGUUUUAACCCCUUCGUGGAGUUCCCAAUUAGCGUGAAUUUAUUACAUUCAGCGUUUCCUUUAAAAGGCGGUGGGAGUUCCUACGCCUGAAAAUAUUUCUCCUGAUCACUUUAUCACCCGUACAUAUAAGAUAAAUACCAUAUUUUAGAUUUAUAUAAAAACAGAUGAGCAACAUACAACUUUCAGAAAAAAUACAAUAGGAAAAGACCAAGCACAAUCAGCGACGGCUGAUCACUUCUUCAGGGUUAAAAUGUAAGCUUUAUGAAUGGAACCCAGAUGCAAAGUGGCCUGAUUUGACAGAUUCAUAAUUGCUGUUCUCCAUACCUUCCACUCUCUUGUUUUAUUAAAUAGUGUUUGUUAUUUAUAGUACUUAUUUAGAGACAGACGAUUUAUCUAUGCAAACUUUAUUAGUUAAUUUUUGGGUUUGGAGUUUGAGGUUUGUUUGUUUUUUUUUGAAAGUUAGAUUUUCUGUAACUAAUUUUCUAGUUAUGGCCCAGAAUUAAAUAUUUCAGAUCAUAUUUCAGAAGUCAAAAUGUAAAACUCUGGAUUAUCAAUGCUGUUGGUGUGGACAUUUUAAGCUUUGAAUUUUAUUUUUUACUAGAUCUUUAGCAUCAUGUUAUUUCAACUUCUAAAAGGAAGAAUGUUUGAUAUGAGAACCUUACUGCUGUUAGAUGAGCAAACUAUGGAAUGUUGGCCAAAAAAAGGACCAUAUAAAAUAGGUAAAUAAUAUUUUACCAAUAUGUAUCAGUUUAAGUAAUUCUUGAUAGAAGAGAGUUGAUAUUCAAAGAAAGUCAAAUAAGGUGCAUAUUUCAAUUAUGUAUGCUUGAGUCUUCUGUAGAAUUCUUUCACUAGACCUGAGUAGCUAAUGAGAUGUGACAGCAAAUGUGGCCUGGUGUAAAUACCGUCCCCCCAUCUAUUCUUGACCCGACGUGGUGCCCACUGCAGAUCUGCCCUUCAGUGCUUGCUCAGAGCAUCCUGGGAUGCAGGGCCACCCUUGGGAAGCAUGUCUGGAACCCUCCAGCCAUGGGCCAAGUACUGCAUGUACUUGGGGGAAACCAAUAUGUGCCUGGUCUGUGCCCGGAAGCACUGAGCCAAAAGUACAGUGAUUCCAACAGCCCCCGAAAGGAAGAGUUUCCCUUGAAGGGCACUAUCUGACAGCCUUUCUGCCAACAUGAAAUUAAAAUAAUAAUUAAAACACGCCCAGCUGACUGGUGGUAGCAUCCAAUACCAAAGAUGGAUUUGUGCUUAGAGCUCAGAAAAAUGUUCCAUAGAAUUGUCAGCAACUGUCGUGCUUUAUCCUCCCAGGUGAAGAGCUGCACCGUAUCUUAGAAGGACUCGAGCGAACGGUUUCUUUGGCCGGUGGGAGGUGCGGGAAGCCCUUUAGGGAAUAAAGGGGGGCCUUCUUACGAGAGCCUUUGCCUUCUCUCUGCGUGCCCGCACCUGGGGGGUGGGCCCGCAGACACUGAGAGCUGGGAGGAGCCUGAGACACUCUGCUCUCAUAAAUGAGAAGACUCAGUUGUCCUUUAAAUGGUAAAAUUUGGGAUGUAAGGGAUAAUCUAGUUCAACCCAUUUUAUAAAUGAAGACACUGAGAUUCAGCAAGAAUAGGUGCUUUAUCCAAGGUCACGGAGUUCCCUGGACUCAGAAAUGAAGCCGGAGCACAGCCAGAUUCCUUCCUGGUACCUCAGGCCGCUCUCUCUUAUCCUCUUUAUGCUUUGCAAAGGUCCCUCACUAUAUGGCUGAUUGAAAGUGUCACAAAAUAACAACUGGCCUCUGUUAUAUAUCUUUUGGUGGAUGAGAUGCUGACCAACCCAGGAAGAAUAUCACAGUUCCGGCCACAAAAGUGGGCUCCACUCCAGACCCCCUUGAAUCCAGCACAGGUCAGGGGUCCAGGUCAUUUGAUUCUGCCAUCUGAAUAUCACACAGCCUUCAGGAAAAAAUUUUUAAAAACACCUCUGUGGAAUUAAUGGCUGAAUGCCUACAAUUUAGUUUUAAUACUACAAGGAAGGUUUUGUCUCCUGUCAGUGUAUUUUUGUUUGUCAAAUAAUGAAAAUGAAAUAAAGAAAAUCUUUAUUAUCA